CAGCCCCGCGGGGCCGCCCGGCUCGGCCGCCCCGAGCCACCCGCUGCCAUGCCAGUGACCGUGACCCUGCCCGGCCCGGCCCCGUGGGGCUUCCGCAUCUCCGGGGGACGAGAUUUCGGGAAGCCCAUCACUGUCUCCAAGGUGGUGGAGCACGGGAAGGCGGCCGUGGGUGAUCUCCGGGCGGGGGAUGUCAUUGUCACCAUCAACGGGGAGAGCACGGCCGAGAUGCUGCACGUGGAGGCCCAGAACAAGAUCAAGCAGAGCCCUGGGCAGCUCCGGCUGGAGGUGGAGAG